AUGCCCACCCAGCCGCGCGCCCGUCGGCCCGGGCCCGAACUCGGACCCCCGCCCGCCCGCUUCGCAACCCACGCCGCCCGCCCCCCGCCGCCCCGGUCCCGCCCGCCAGGACCGCCAGCGAACCGCAACGCCGGCCGUCGGCCCGAAACUCGGACCCAACCCGCCGACCCGCGGCCCGAACUCGACCUCAACCCGCCCGACCCGCUUCCAACCGCACGCCCCGCCCGCCGGCCCGCCUUCGCACGCGGCACGACCGGCCCAGCCGCCCGCCGGCCCGCCGGCCGACCGUCCCCGCCCAGCCUCGCCAACGCCCGGGAUCGGCCCUCCGACCUCGAUCGCACCUCCUACCGUCCCGCAACCGCAGCCCUGGUCCCGCCCGUCCCGCCACCCCGGAACGCCACGCCCGUUCGCCCGCCCGCCCGCCCGUCCCGACCGCAACCGACCCAGCCGCUCGCCGUCGGCCGACUGGCCCGACCCAGACGAACUCGGACCCAAUCCGCCCGACCCGCUUCGCACGGCACGCCCGCGGCACGAACCGGCCCAGCCGCCCGCCAGCCCGCCGGCCGACUUCGUCCCGCCCAACCCGCCCGCCAGCUUCGCACCGGCACGACACGCCCCCGCCCCCCGCACGCCCCGCCCAGCAUCGGCACCGUCCAGCCGGCUCGAAUCGUCCUUCGCCGCCCCGCCUCGCCAUAA